AUGAUUGCUUCAAGGAUUGGUCACUCCCUCUCACGCUAUUCUCGUGCUAAAAAUUUGUUGCAACGCGAUGCUGGAAGAGCAACCGUUUUGAAGGGUUAUGGCUAUGUUGCUUCUUCUUCAUUCGGAGGAGCUCCUUUUCUUGCUGCUACUACUAUUACCAAUGGUUUCACUUCCAAUUUAAUACUGCAUAGGCUUCAUCGGCUCUUUUCCAGCAUUAAUAAUGCCCCAAAGAAAAAAAAUUAUGAGAACUACUAUCCCAAGGGAAAGAAAGAAAUUCCAAAAGAAGAUCAGCAGAAAUCUAAGUCUAAAGAAGAUAACAAAACUGACAAUCAUGAAAAAUUUCAAGAGAACUUGAAGAAACAACUUCACAAUAUCAUCACACCUUUGUUGAUGAUGUUGGUACUUCUUUCAUCUGCUCCUUUACCUGAACAUGAACUCCAGAAGAUUAGUUUCCAGGAGUUUAAAACAAAGCUUUUGGAGGAAGGAGUAGUAGACCACAUUGUUGUUUCAAACAAGUCAGUUGCCAAAAUCUAUGUAAAGGGCUCUCACCAUAAUGGAACAGGAGAUCAUGUUGAUGAAGGGAAAACCCUUCCUGCAACAGUUGAAACUGGAGGCCAAUAUAAAUACUAUUUCAUCAUAGGCAGCGUCGAGUCCUUCGAGGAGAAGCUAGAGGAAGCACAGGAAGCACUCAACAUUCACCCUCAUGAUUAUAUUCCUGUUACAUAUACUUCUGACGUUUAUUGGUACCAAGAGUUAUUGAGAUUUGCUCCAACACUUUUGCUUUUGGGAUCUCUCGUGUAUAUGGGGAGAAGAGUGCAAGGUGGGUUUGGUGUUGGUGGGGGCAACAACAAAGGUGCUAGUGGAAUUUUCAACUUAGGAAAAGCCCGUGUAACUAAAGUGGAUAAACAUGCAAAAAACAAGGUCUACUUUAAAGAUGUUGCUGGGUGUGAUGAGGCAAAGCAAGAAAUCAUGGAGUUUGUGCAUUUGUUAAAGAAUCCAAAGAAAUAUGAAGAACUUGGUGCAAAAAUUCCAAAAGGUGCUCUUCUUGUUGGGCCUCCAGGCACAGGGAAAACACUCUUAGCAAAAGCAACUGCAGGGGAAUCCGGUGUGCCUUUUCUAUCUAUAUCUGGUUCUGAUUUUCUGGAGAUGUUUGUUGGUGUUGGACCCUCAAGGGUGAGAAGCUUGUUCCAGGAAGCAAGGCAAUGUGCUCCAAGUAUAGUAUUCAUUGAUGAGAUUGAUGCAAUAGGUAGAGCCAGGGGACGUGGAAGCUUCUCUGGUGGCAAUGAUGAGCGCGAAAGUACAUUGAAUCAAUUGUUGGUGGAGAUGGAUGGUUUUGGAACCACUUCUGGGAUUGUUGUGCUUGCUGGCACAAAUAGACCUGAUAUCUUGGACAAAGCUCUGCUUAGGCCUGGCAGAUUCGAUCGCCAGAUUAGCAUCGAUAGGCCUGAUAUUAAGGGUCGCAACCAGAUAUUUCAAAUCUACUUGAAGAGGAUCAAACUAGACCAUGAUCCGUCAUAUUAUUCACAGAGGCUUGCAGCACUUACCCCUGGAUUUGCUGGAGCAGACAUUGCCAAUGUCUGCAAUGAAGCUGCACUGAUUGCUGCAAGAAGCCAGAAUACUUGCGUCACUAUGGAACAUUUUGAGGCAGCAAUUGAUAGGAUUAUUGGUGGAUUGGAGAAGAAGAACAUGGUAAUAAGCAUGUUGGAAAGGCGUACCGUUGCUUACCAUGAAUCUGGCCAUGUUGUUGCAGCAUGGUUCUUGGAACACGCUCAACCAUUGUUGAAAGUAACCAUAGUUCCUCGCGGUACAGCAGCUCUUGGGUUUGCGCAGUAUGUUCCCAGUGAGAAUCUCCUAAUGACAAAGGAGCAGCUUCUUGAUGAGAUUUGUGGGAUCCUUGGUGGUAGGGCUGCGGAGCAGGUUCUGAUUGGAAGAAUCUCAACAGGAGCACAAAAUGACUUGGAAAAAGUGACUAAGUUGAUGUAUGACCAAGUAACAGUGUAUGGCUUCAGUGACAAAGUUGGUCUGCUCUCUUUCCCUCAGAGAGGAGAAUGGAUGACCAAACCAUACGGCGAUGGCACCGCCGCCCUCAUCGACGCCGAGGUUCGAGAAUGGGUUGCCAAAGCAUAUCAGCGUACUGUGAACCUCAUUGAGGAACACAAGGAUCAAGUGGCUCAAAUUGCUGAGUUGCUGCUACAAAAGGAAGUGCUAUACAGGGAUGAUUUGGUUCAAGUUUUGGGCGAAAGACCAUUCAAGUCUAGUGAUGAACACAACCAUUAUGAUACUUUCAAGCAAGAUUUUCAAGAGGAAGAAGCUAAACUUCAGCAGCCAGCUGCUGAAACUAAUAUUUCUAGAAAUCAAAGUGGAAAUGAGUCUUUUAGAGAAAACAACUCUACAACAGAAGGUUCGGAACGUGUUAAUGGCAAUGGGAAAAGGAAACAGGCUGAAGUUAAUUGUGAAGAACAAUAUCCAAACAAAUCACCCAAGAAUGAUGAUGAUGUUGAUAAUCAAUCUACUCCAAAAAAUAGUUUGGGCUCUUUUAGAAAACCAAAUGUAGAUAAGCUGGACUGGAAUGUCCUUCGAUCGUCAAAAGCCAAACAAAAAAGAUGA